UGCUGUGUGUGCGUGGCUGCUGGUGUCCUCCCCUCAGCACUGGGAGAGAUGCUCUCUCUCUCUCUGCUCGCCGCCUGGCAGAGCCUCUGUUCGCUGCCACAGCUGUGAACCUCGCGAAGCUGCUGAGGCUUCUGAAGCCUGGGCACGGAGCCGCGUGCAGCUGACACACCGCCGUCGCCCUGUCUGUGCCGCCGGAGGAGGGAGCAGCGUUCCCGGGACACACCAGCGCUAAACACGAGGCGAUUGAGCUUCAGAGUGCUCCACAGCAGACACACUGCCUGAGCCUACAGCCGGUCCCCCAGGCACUGAGGACAGCGCAGUGUGACCAGGUAAAUCCAGAGUAUGUUCAGCUCAGAGAAACCCUAGGCACAGCGACUGAGGAGAAAGACUUUGUCCCUGUGGGAGAAGCCCCAGCUCCCAGACAACCUGGAGAACCUGGAACAGGUGCUGAAGUGUAAGCAGGAGGCCACGGUGCGUCGGCAGCAGCUGAAGCCAGAGCAUGAGCACGCCCUGGACGUUCCCAGCACCCAGCACCCAGCAGCAGGACAGCAACCUACUGCAGCAGGCUCAGGUUGAAGCAGAGAAGGAUCAGGAGGCCGCGGCCCACUUGUUAGAGGUCACAACAGUCCGAGACCUGGAGCAGAAAUGUCGGUCACAGCCUUAAGAGCUCAAUCUUCUGUCAAAGGAACUUGAGAACGUCCUCCUGGAGACCAAGGCAUUGCUCAGCCUCAGAGCCCAUUCUUUCGCAGUGUCUGAUUGGUCUGCAUCCCACAACAAACCCCUCCCCCGGCCCAUCAAUGGACUCGCCACCAAGACUGCCACAGAUGGAUGGCGAUGUGAGCCCUACGCGGAGGUCCAAGCCCAAGUACACAGGAAAGGUUCGUCUUUGCACCGCCCGGUACAGUUAUAACCCUUACGAUGGACCCAACGAGCACCCGGAAGCUGAGCUCCCCCUUGUGGCGGGGAAGUAUCUCUACGUCUACGGGUCAAUGGACGAUGAUGGCUUCUACGAAGGAGAGCUUUUGGAUGGACAGAGAGGCCUGGUCCCCUCCAACUUUGUGGAAUUUGUCCAGGACAAGGACAAGACAGCGUCCAGCCAGGUGGCGGACGGAGACAAGGAGUCGGGCUACCUCAACCAUGCCGACGCGGGCCUGCAAGCUGCAGACGGGGGCACGGAUGGCGAUGGGCGGUUCAACAGCACAGGGGCAGCCCCAACGGGUGCCUCCCCUGAGGGGACGGGGGCCGAGGACGCCGGUGUGGACGAGGAUGGAGAGGAAAUCGUGCCUUACCCCAGGAAGAUCACCCUGAUCAAGCAGCUGGCGAAGAGCGUGAUCGUGGCGUGGGAGCCUCCCCUGGUGCCACCCGGCCGAGGGCCCAUCAGCGCCUACAACGUGCUGGUGGACAAAGAGGUGCGGACAAGUGUGCCCUUCGGCAGUGCCACCAAGGCGCUGCUGGAGAAGCUGAACCUGGCGGCCUGCACCUAUCGCAUCUCCGUGCAGUGCGUGAUGGAGCGGGGCGUCUCCGACGAGCUGCGCUGCACCCUGCUGGUGGGGAAAAGCGUGGUGGUGGCGCCCUACUGCCUGCGGGUGGACGACAUCACCCAGGUCUCCGCCCUGCUCUCCUGGAUGCCCAGCAACAGCAACUACAGCCACGCCGUCUUCCUCAAUGGCGCCGAGCACCACGUGGUCCGGCCCGCCAGCUACCGUUACCGCUUCUCGGACCUGCAGCCCAUGACUGUUUACAAGGUGACAGCCGUGGCCCAGCCCCACCAGAUGCCUUGGCAGCUGCCCCUGGAGCAGAGGGAGAAGAGGGAGAUGUCCCUGGAGUUCUGCACCCAGGCUGCAGGACCCCCCUUCCCGCCCCUGAAUGUCCAGGUGCACUGUGGCCCCGCCCCCGGAGUCCUGCAGGUCCACUGGACCCCUCCCGCCCUCACCGCCACGGGAACCUCCAAUGGAGCCAGCGUGAUUGGCUACGCUGUCUGCACGAAGGGACAGAGGAUCGCAGAGGUGUUGUACCCCAUGGCGGACUACGUCACGGUGGAGCUGAACCAGUUGCAGUGUCUGGAGGCCAGAGAGGUCAUCGUCAGGACUCUGUCCACGCAGGGGGAGUCCCAGGACUCUGUUGUGGCGAGCAUUCCAAGCAACCUCCUCGUGCCUCCCCACCCACACCCCCACCCCCAGCCACACCUCCCGCCCCACCCUCACCACCCCACCCCCAAGCCCGCAGCAAGCGCCGGAGAGCCAGAAACCAAAGAGCAGGAAUCAGGCGUACGCCCCCCCACCCAGCCCUGGGACACAGCGCGGUCCCCCUCGCCCCUCCCCGCCCCCCACGGCCACACCCUCGACGCCCCCCGUUUCCCCGGGCGACGCUCCCCUUCUCCUCAGAGGAUCCUGCCGCAGCCGCGGGGCACCCCCAUCCCCGACACCGUGGCCAAGGCCAUCGCCCGGGAGGCAGCACAGAGGGUGGCGGCCGAGACCAGCCGGGAAAGGAGCAACACUGUCCACCCCGUUCACGCCCUGAACUCAGACGAGGAAGAGGAGGAGGAGGAAGAGGAAGGUUAUGAGUCCGCUCAUACGAGGAGGGGUGCCUCUGUGGAUGAGUUCCUCAGGGGGUCUGAGCUCGGACGACAGCUGCAGUACAGCCACAGUGAGGAGUACCAGACGGAGAGCAGCCGUGGCUCCGACCUCUCCGACAUCAUGGAGGAGGAUGAGGAGGAGCUGUACUCCGAGAUGCAGCUGGAGGAAGGUCGCCGGCGGAGCGUCGGCCCCCACGGAGCGCUGAAGGUUUUGGGAAACACCUCUGCAGCACGUCGAGACCGACAUCACCGUGAUUCGGGGAGAGGGCCCCCCCAACGCCGACCCGUGAUGGUCCCCUCCAUUGAUGGCUACGGUGGGCGGGAACGCCCCUCCCCUCAGUACCUGGACGAAUCAGAGCCGGAGGAUCUGUGCCGGAUAUUCGUGGCGCUGUUCGACUAUGACCCCCUCUCGAUGUCCCCCAACCCUGAUGCCGCAGACGAGGAACUGCCCUUCAAGGAGGGACAGAUCAUCAGGGUGUUUGGGGAUAAGGACACGGAUGGGUUUUAUCGGGGAGAGAUCGGAGGAAGGUCAGGGCUCAUUCCCUGUAACAUGGUUUCGGAGAUCCAGGCGGAGGACGAAGAGACGAUGGAUCAGCUCAUCAAGCAGGGCUUCCUCUCCCUCAACACGCCUGUGGAUAAAAUAGAUCGAAAUCGGCGGGGUGUUCCACAGCCCCCUGUGUCCAGGCGACGGAUGGUGGCCCUGUAUGACUACGACCCCCGAGAGAGCUCCCCUAAUGUCGACGUGGAGGCUGAGCUGACUUUCUGCGCGGGCGACAUCGUUGCCAUUUUUGGAGAAAUAGAUGAAGACGGGUUUUACUAUGGUGAGCUGAAUGGCCACAGAGGCCUCGUUCCCUCCAACUUCCUGGAAGAGGUACCUGCAGACGUGGAGGUCUAUCUCACGGACACGCCCAGCCAGAGCCAGGGAGCUCCCGGAGGCACUGAGCCCCAGAGGGUCCCCACGGAAACCGCGGGUCAGCCCAGAAGAUCCGCCUCACCGUUGAACCUGGGCCCUCAGACGCAGGAGCCUAAGCCUGCCACGCCUGCGGGCGCUGUGGGCCCCCAGAUCCCCCCGGGACCCCUAAUCACCCCGAGCCCCCAAAUCACCCCGGCGCCAGACAGUCCAAUCAGAGCACUCAGCAGCCCUGCGAGGGGCCCCCGCGAGCUGUCCUCCAAAAAGAAGAAGGGACUGCUUUCCAAAGGAAGGAACCUGCUGAAGAAGCUGGCCGUGGUGAAGUAGAGGGUCUCCGCCUGACACCCUCCCCGCCCGGCUGUGCGUUCAAACACACUCUCUCCGGAGCAAGGAAGCUGGCCGAGGUGAAGUAGAGGCUCUCCGCCCGACACCCUCCCCGCCCGGCUGUGCGUUCAACCGCACUCUCUCCGGAGCAAGGUGGCUCCUACUCUUCCAUUACUCUCAUCCAGAUGAAAGUGGUGCAAAAAUAUAAAUAUACAACACAUAGACAUAUACUGUAUUAAAGGUGUCAAAACUAGGAUUUUCACCAUGACUGUCGACUGGUACUCAUUUCUAGCUGCGAGGCUGUGCCAUGAAAUUGGGGCUUGCUGAUGAUUUAUGGGAACUGGAUUAUCAGCAGUUAUUCAAGAACUGUUGUCUUCAGCCAAGUGUUACUAGUGAUCGAAAAGGGCUGUGCAAUCUUAAACGAGUAUAAAGCUAAGGCAGGAGGGAAGUCUUAAAGGAUGUCAUAGCUUGCUUUCUGCAGUCAGUUUGGCAAGAGCAGAGUUUUACCAUCGUGGUGUCCCUACACCAGUGAACGACCAGGACAGCUCAAACUUGCUGUGAUUAAUUUGAGCUGUAUUUAUGCUCACCAGAAUGACUUUAUCUUUAAGGGUCAGUGUAGCGAGACUGUUGGUAGUAUUGUGCUAAUUUCUGUAGCACAUUGAGACUUCCAUUUUGAAGUGAUUAUGAUUUGCCUUUGGAAGGGGAAAAAAAAGAAAACAUUCCUUCUCUUAAUUUAAUCUCUUACUUCAAUCUCUGCCAAGAAGUUUUCAAGUGCAUGUCCUCUAUUAAAACAUCUCAACCU